AAAAAAAAAAAUAUUAUAUGCUAAGAUAAUAUCAGGGUUUUAAGUAAUGGCGCUUGUGGGUCAUCUGUUUUCAUUCCCUUUAAUAGCUGGGUCUAUGCAGUAUUAUGAGCUUCUGAUACAAUACUCGAUGAACAUGAUGACUAUCGCUACCUCGGUAGGCCCCAUCCACUGGGGGAGCACCAUCCACUUCUGCGCCGGCUCCUGGUCUGUCUGUGCCUGGUCGUCAGAAAAGCUGUCAAGGUCAUAUCAUCUACAUAUCACCGGGCCCUCGUAGCUCAUCAACG